GAUCGAGCCAUCAUGCAUCAUGCAUUCAUGCUUCGAACGUUGUUACAUGGUACUCGGCAGAUUGCCGCUGAGUAAGCUUCCUGAAUCAUCUCACGAACACUCAUCCCCUUACUGUGAACUUCCCAAAUUAUUUAAUGUCCACUCGAAUUCAGCCGCAAAGUAUUCGCACAGUGGGCGAACUAUUCGCGAAUGCUGCUAUUAAAGACGUCGAAACGCCCAUUUAUCCACCCAAGCGAUCGCUUCUGAGUCGUGUACAUCUCUAUCAAGGUGACAUCACUGAAAUCGAGGUGGAUGCGAUCGUCAACGCUGCCAAAUCGACAUUGCAGGGCGGCGGCGGAGAUUUAGUGGAUGGGGCGAUCCAUAUGGCUGCUGGCCCAGCACUCGCCAAAGCAUGCAGAGAAUUGUAUCCUGGGCGUCACCCCUGCCCAACUGGUGACGCUAAAAUUACUCCAGGUUUUCAGCUCCCAUCGAAACACGUUAUCCAUACUGUAGGACCAAGAUGGAGUGUUUCUUCAGACACAAAGACAAUGGCUAGUCAGCUUGCGUCUUGCUAUAGAAAAAGUCUUCAGUUAGCGGUAGACAACAACUGCAAGAGCAUCGCCUUUCCCCUAAUUUCAACUGGCAUCUAUGGAUACCCCAUCGGCGAGGCAGCUCACGUUGCUCUCAAGGAGACACGAAUUUUCUUGGAAGGAAAUAACCAGAUAUACGAGUACGUGGCAAUAAUGCGCUUGCACGGGUCUUCAUUCACGAGGCUGCAACCAGAAAAUUCAUUCCAUAUUAUUUUCCCCCUUGGACCAGAAUAUAUCACGGAAAGCGUCGAACUUCUGUCGAGUGUGAAAGGUCCUGUAGAUGAAUAACUUCUGCGUUGUAUUGUUUCACUUUUACUUCCAGAACCAAAUAUAGUUACGGUGCAAUUACAUCCAUUCUAAUACACAAAGUUGAUAGGCUGUCUAAGACUGUCUGACAGAUGAUAGGAGGAUGCAACGACUGAUAUCAAACUCGAUUCAUGAAUCCUCCUUGCAACUUGACCUGUUCACCGGCUGCAAGACGAGAUGUCAUUCGAAGCAGAAUUAUGCGGCCGCAUCGCCAUCAUAGUAAGGCCGGUGAGCUACAAAUAUUGUCAACGUAAAACACCCUGGGAAGACUCGCGGGUUCCUUGAUGGCAAU